GUACAAGCAACCGAACGAGCCACUAAUGAUGCGUGAGGUUCCGGGCUUACCAUGGACGCGUGUUGGUGUUGACCUCUUUGAGCAGGCGGGGAACACGUACCUAGUUGCCUAUGAUGCCUUUUCCAACUUCCCAGAGGUAGAGAGGCUCAGAGAGGCAACAUCAGAAACUGUUAUUUGGACAUUAAGCAGCAUGUUUGCUAGACACGGAAUACCUCUAGAGGUGUGCAGCGACAACGGUCCACAGUUCUCGUCACGUCAGUUCCAGAGUUUCGCUUUGAAGUAUGAUUUUAAGCACACCACGUCCAGUCCGCAUUUUCCACGUUCCAACGGACUUGCAGAAAAGGGUGUGCAAGUUGUAAAACGAAUACUGCGGAAAACUGCUGAAGCUAAUGAAGACUUUUGGCUGGGAUUGCUUGGUUACAGGUCUACACCCCUGGAGGAUGGCCGGUGCCCCAGCGAGCUUCUAAUGGGACGCCGCAUUAGGUCCCGUCUUCCUGACUUCACGCCAGCAGUUCCAAAACCAGCCAGAAAACACACACAGGAUAACACUAAAGGAUGUUUUUUGAAGCCACUACGGGAAGGUGACGUGGUACGUCUGAGGGACAAAGGACAGUGGGUCACAAAGGGCCAAGUGUUAAGGAACGUGGCGCCUCGUUCUUCACUGGUUGUCACGCAGGAUGGCCGGGAAUAUCGACGCAACAGAGAACACCUGCGACCAACGAAUGAAGACCUGCAGAGUUCCGAUCACUUUGAGGAGCACCUGGAAGAUUCCCCAGCCUGUGCCCUGACCAGCAUUCAAGCUACACCGGCUGCAUUGACCCCAACAGUGCAGCAUGAUGAUCCAGCCAUCCCAACCACAGUCGCUACUUCAACGAGAACUCCGACCAACUCCCCAGCUGCAGUCAACUCCGCAGCGAGAACAGAGGAUGAUCUGGCUAGUGAACUUAGACCAUGUGUUGCUCGGACAUCAACCCGAACUGUGCGGCGACCCCAAAGGCUAAACUACGAUCAGAACUUCCAGCAGCAAGCUUAACGGGCUUUUGAGUUAUUGCUUUUUAUAUUUCGUGUUUUGUGUAUUUUGUUUAAUUUCGUAUGUAUUUCUUGUUGGUUUUUCAUAGUCCAAAGAAAGGGAGAUGUAACAGUCUUGAUACUAGCGCCACCGCCACACUGAG